AUGGCCUACCAGCCACAGACAAACGGCCAAGCCGAGGUUUCCAAUCGGGAGAUCAAACCUUGCCAUUUACCGGUAGAGAUAGAUCACAAAGCAUAUUGGGCCGUCAAGGAGUGCAAUUCUAGUUUGGGAGGGGCCAGAAUAGAGAGAAAGCUACAACUAGUGGAAUUAGAGUAUUUGCGGUUAGAAGCUUAUGAGAACUCUAGACUUUACAAGGAAAGGAUGAAAGCCGUGCACGAUAAGACCAUAAGAGGAAAAGAAAUUAGAGCCGGCGACCUAGUCCUCCUCUACAGUUCAAGAUUGAGGUUGAUGCCCGGAAAGCUUAGGUCAAGAUGGGAAGGACCUUACAAAGUCAAAAAGGCGGAGCAGUACGGUGUCUAUCAUUUGCGCCAUCCUUCAAGCUCCGACAUUUUCAAAGUCAAUGGGCAUCGACUAAAGUUGUAUCAUGGCGAAAAGUUGAAAAGCAACAAGGAGAUGGAGGUGUUCUUUUUGGAAGAUGCACCUAAUGGCAACAAGAAUUGA